AUGCAAUUAGCUCAAAUACAAGCCAUACGAGCCCAACAUGAUAAAUCGGCGACCGAACAUCAAAUUUCUUUUAUAAAUACAUUUAACGUCGUGGAUCAACAACGUGCUUCAUUGUGUGAACAAGAACUUGAACGAAGUAAAGUAGAGCUCAGUGCAGUGUACAAUCAAGUUGACAACAAGAAGCAUGAGAUUGAACGAAGUAAAAGCGAAUUGCAACAACAAUUAGACCAUUUGCAAGCUUUGAAAAAGGAGCUUGAUGAUGAAUUGAUGAUCCGAAUCGUGCUCGAGAUUGAACUGCAAACAUUUCGAGAAGAAUUGAUUUUUAUGAGAGCUAUUUAUGAAGAAGAGUGCAAUGACUUGGCUUUACUUGGCACAUUCCAGAUUGAUGUUGGUCAAUUUUAUCGAGAUGAACUAGCACGGGCAGUUGCUAAUAUCAAGAAAGAUUUUGAAACCAUUUCGCAUGCGCAAUAUCAAGAAUGGGAAGUGUACUACAAGACUAAAACUGAAGAAGUUCAGAAAGAAGUUAUUGAGCAAACACUCAAAAAGACGGAAGCAAGCCGUUCAAGUGAUGUAGGAAUAAUGGAUAUGAAAACGAUCAAGUUGGCAUUAGACGAAAGUCGAAACUCUUAUACAGCAUUGCAAACAGAAAACUCGAGUUUAGCUAAUCGUAUGCGAGAACUGGAAGAGGAAUUUGAAAGAAUACGAUUCCGUGGAUUUCAGUCAAAAACUACAUUGGAACAAGAAUUUGCCAUGCUACUAGCUGAGUUUAAUGGACUCAAAGCAGCAAUUUCAAAUAUACAUGAAAAUAAUAUUUCGCUUCAAUUCGAAAUAAAUACGUAUCGACGAUUGUUAGAAGGUGCUACCUUUUAUCUGUCGAGCUGGUACAAAAGGCGCGAACUUUCGUGGCGUGUCAGUAUUCUUUUCUCUGCAGCUGCACUAGCUGGCGCUUUUGGUGGACUUCUCGCUUAUGGAAUCGAUAAAAUGGACGGAAUAGGUAAACAAGAAGGUUGGCGUUGGAUUUUUUAUGUGGAAGGAAUGGUUACUGUUGUUGUUGGUAUACUUGCUUUCUUUCUCAUUAAUGAUUUUCCUACAGAUCGACCCAAAUUUCUCACCGAACAAGAAUGCAAUCAUGUACUUGCUCGUUUACGUACUGAUGCUGGACCGGGCGCCAGUGAACAUUUUAGUUGGGUUCAAGUUCGUUCGGCACUUUCAGACUGGAAAAUCUACAUUUGGUCGUUAUGUUUCUUUGGUAUGUCGGUAUCAAUCUUUUCUCUUUCUCUUUUCUCACCAACCAUUGUACUAAGUCUUGGAUUUGUCGCUUAUCAAGCUCAACUUCUUACAACACCACCAUACGCCUUUGCAUUCAUUACCACAAUGACUACAGCUUAUUUUUCUGACAAAUAUGCCCAUCGUUCCAUAUUUAUUCUAUCAUGGUUAGCAAUUACUAUGACCGGUUUUGUUAUCUUAAUUAUGGCACAAAAUUUGAGCGUGAAAUAUUUUGCUGUUUUCCUCGCCACUGGUGGCAUUUCGCCUUGUAUUGCUACGUGUAUCACGUUUCUUUCGUGUAAUAUUAGUCCGCAUACAAAACGAGCUACUGCACUGGCAUUUAUGCUAUCUGCGGGAAGUAUCGGUGGAAUUAUUAGCGGUCAAUUAUAUAGAUCGCAAGAUGCGCCUCAUUAUAUUUUUGGUCAUGCAAUGAACCUUGGUUUUUGUACAAUGAGUUUGAUUGCUCUGACGAUCAUUUUAAUCGGCCUUCAUAAAGAAAAUCGACGACGUGAUUGUUUAUACGGACCGAUCGGUAGUACGACAGUGCAAUCAGUCAUCAGUAAAGAUCAAGUGACAACCGAUGUAUUUGGGAUAGGUACUAUGGAAGACAGACAACGAUGGGGCUAUGAGAAAUUGACCGAAGAGCAGAUUAGUAACUUGGGUGAUAGACAUGCAGCUUGGCGAUAUAUACUGUAA